AUGCCUCCUGGAGUCUCCCCGGAAACUCUGGAUGGUAUCUCUAAAGAAAAAUUGGAGCAGCUCUCAGCCCUACUUAAGAGUGAGAAAUUUAAGUUCGCUCCUAGUAGAAGAAUUGGGAUUGGCAAACCAUCAGGAGGAACGCGCCCCUUAACCAUCGCCCCACCAAUGGACAAAAUUGUUCAGGAGGCCAUGAGAUUAAUACUAGAAGCAAUCUUCGAACCCUUAUUCAAAGACU